AUGGCGGCGCGACGCAGCGUGCAGCAGCCACUCCGGGAUGAAUAUCUGUCAUCUGUCAACUGGACUGCAAGCCCGCAGUUUGGGGCCGAGACCUCGCCACAACUGAGGCCACGCGGCUGCCUCGCCGCCCGUCUCACCACCGAACGGGGUAAACAGGCCUGUGGCUUUUAUUACAUCCAACAGGGCCUUGCGAUCGUGGCCAGGGUCCUGUCGGAGUCCGUGAGCUACAGCUGCACUCAAACUGCGGUUCGGCACGGCGGCGGGUUCCCGCUCGCCGAGCGGCCUGGCGCUUUUGACAUCUCCAGCAGCGGCCGGGAAGACGGGCGCCUCCGGGGCGCGGCCCCGUGGAAGUACCGAUUCCACGUUCAAGGACAGUUAUCACCCCUCAGCCAUCAGGUCCCACACCACCAGGUUCAGGGACAGUUCUCACCCCUCGACCAUCAGGUCCCACACCACCAGGUUCAGGGACAGUUAUCAACCCUCAACCAUCAGGUCCCGCACCACCAGGUUCAGGGACAGUUAUCACCCCUCAACCAUCAGGUCCCACGUCACCAGGUUCAGGGACAGUUAUCACCCAUCAACCAUCAGGUCCCAGUAACCAGGUUCAGGGACAGUUAUCACCCCACAACCAUCAGGUCCCUCACCGCCAGGUUCAGGGACAGUUAUCACCCAUCAACCAUCAGGUCCCACGUCACCAGGUUCAGGGACAGUUAUCAACUCUCGACCGUCAGGUCCCACACCACCAGGUUCAGGGACAGUUAUGACCCCUCAACCAUCAGGUCCCACACCACCAGGUUCAAGGACAGUUAUCACCCCUCAGCCAUCAGGUCUCACACCACCAGGUUCAGGGACAGUUCUCACCCCUCGACCAUCAGGUCCCACACCAACAGGUUCAGGGACAGUUAUCACACCUCGACCAUCAGGUCCCACACCACCAGGUUCAGGGACAGUUAUGACCCCUCGACCAUCAGGUCCCGCACCACCAGGUUCAGGGACAGUUAUCUCCCCUCAACCAUCAGGUCCCACACCACCAGAUUCAGGGACAGUUAUCACCCCUCAACCAUCAGGUCCCACACCACCAGGUUCAGGGACAGUUAUCAACUCUCGACCGUCAGGUCCCACACCACCAGGUUCAGGGACAGUUAUGACCCCUCAACCAUCAGGUCCCACGUCACCAGGUUCAGGGACAGUUAUCAACCCUCAACCAUCAGGUCCCACGUCACCAGGUUCAGGAACAGUUAUCAACCCUCGACCGAGAGGUCCCACACCACCAGGUUCAGGGACAGUUAUCACCCCUCAAUCAUCAGGUCCCACACCACCAGGUUCAGGGACAGUUAUCACCCCUCAACCAUCAGGUCCCACACCACCAGGUUCAGGGACAGUUAUCACUCCUCAACCAUCAGGUCCCACACCACCAGGUUCAAGGACAGUUAUCACCCCUCAGCCAUCAGGUCCCACACCACCAGGUUCAGGGACAGUUCUCACCCCUCGACCAUCAGGUCCCACACCACCAGGUUCAGGGACAGCUAUCAACCCUCAACCAUCAGGUCCCACGUCACCAGGUUCAGGGACAGUUAUCACCCAUCAACCAUCAGGUCCCACGUCACCAGGUUCAGGGACAGUUAUCACCCCUCAACCAUCAGGUCCCACACCACCAGGUUAUCAACCCUCAACCAUCAGGUCCCGCACCACCAGGUUCAGGGACAGUUAUCACCCCUCAACCAUCAGGUCCCACACCACCAGAUUCAGGGACAGUUAUCACCCAUCAACCAUCAGGUCCCACGUCACCAGGUUCAGGGACAGUUAUCACCCAUCAACCAUCAGGUCCCACGUCACCAGGUUCAGGGACAGUUAUCACCCCUCAACCAUCAGGUCCCUCACCGCCAGGUUCAGGGACAGUUAUCACCCUUCAACCAUCAGGUCCCACACCACCAGGUUCAGGGACAGUUAUCACCCCUCAACCAUCAGGUCCCACACCACCAGGUUCAGGGACAGUUAUCACCCCUCAACCGUCAGGUCCCACACCACCAGGUUCAGGGACAGUUAUCACCCCUCAACCAUCAGGUCCCACACCACCAGGUUCAGGGACAGUUAUCAACCCUCGACUGUCAGGUCCCACACCACCAGGUUCAGGGACAGUUAUCACCCCUCAACCAUCAGGUCCCACACCACCAGGUUCAGGGACAGUUAUCACCCCUCGAGCAUCAGGUCCCACACCACCAGGUUCAGGGACAGUUAUCACCCCUCAACCAUCAUGCUCCUGAACCAGUGGUGGUAACUUCCCUCACUUCAACUCUGAACUGACUCCGUGACCUAUGGACUCACUUUCAAGGACUCUGCACCGCAUUUUCUCAGUACUACUUACCAAUUGUUAUUUUUUCCUCGUGUCUGAGCACAGUUUGCCCUCUAACCAUUGGCAGCGUGUCAGUCUUUGUCUGUGUGCAGUUUUCCACUGACUCUAUUGCAUUUCCUUGUUCCACCGUGAAUGCCCACGAGGAAGUGGAUCUCAGCUGACAUAAACACUACGUCCUUUGAUAAUAAAUUUGCUCUGAACUUCUCAAUGUUCCAAACACUCAACAGCCUGUAUUAAUUGUACAAAUCAGCCCUUACUCAGGAGCUGGGGGAGUUAUGGAAUGUCCCCAGAGCAAGUUAUUUUUAAACAGAUGUACGGUGGGGGAGCAUUCUGACCAGUGGCAUUGGCACCUGGUGGGGGGGGGGGCUCCAAUG